AUGGACAGUGAGGAUGAGCAGGUCAGCAUCUCCCUGUGCAGCUGUGGCCCUGCCUUUCAGCCCAGCCAGACGGGUAGCACCUUCCUAGUUUUACUGGAUGAGAUCACCAGGAUGAGUCAUGUAGCAGAGACUCCCCAGCCGAACCCUGUGAUGGAGCCUCUGGCCUGGAUGCUGGGCACCUGGCCCUCAGACUUCCCUACAAUGAAGCCCUUCCAGGACCUGGAAGAAGUGCACAUCUCUUAUGUGGGACAGCCCGUGCUCAACUUUUCCUAAGUCCAGAAGUGUCCAGACACCAGCAAAGCAAUGCACUAAAAGUGUAGAUUCAUCCACGUCAAACCUGACACAAGUAAGGUGGCCACCAUCAGUGCCCAGCACCCAGGGAGCAGCCCAAUUACCAGAAAAUCCACACUCAAUUCUGGUGGGAAACGGGAACAAACUGUCCCUGUGGCAGACACUGUGCAGCUCCCGACUCACACCUCCACGUUAGGAGCAAAAAGGUGACACCCUGAUGCUGAGAGGGCUUCAAGUUCAACCUUCGGGUUGCUUUAUGUUACCUGGACAGCAUCACAGAGCAUUAGGAGAACGGAUCUGCAUUGCAGGGACCAGCUGAGGGAACUCCAGCUGCUGCCUAAUGAAAGUCAGGCAAGAUACUGUGAGGGAGCACCUGGGCUGCAGGACAGAGCGAGCUAUUGCAGGGCCUGAUCCUGCCAAGGGGCCAGUCCUCUCAGCUCCCAUCAGAUUAGUGACGAUGAAGGUAACCAGUACUGCCUAUAGUCCUCUAAAGUCCAAACCAGUUGCCCUUCAGUUGACUGAAGCCCAGUGCGAGUCAUGUUCCAGCAGGGGAUGGGUGUGUUCUGGAGGUAGAAAACACACCUUAUCUUGCUUAAAUGCAGAGCUUAAGAAAAGUUCGAGUAAAGGUCUUGAGAUAGAGCCAGAAGUGGAAAUUUUAAACAACAGGGGAUUGAUCUCUUUAGUGCUUUUUUUCUGAGCUUAGCUUCACAAUUCAGUAUUUGACAUAAGUAGAGAUGUAUCAAGUCUUCCUGCGGUGAUGGAGAAGACAAGCUCUAGUGCUGUCUGCUGGUCUAUGGGCAGAAAAGAGAUGAAGUUUCUUCUGAGCUAAAGCUCUGAAAUGUUUGUAAGGAAGCUGGAAAUUCCCUUCCCAACACUUCCUGCCCCCCCCCUCCGUGAGAGGGGAAGUUUUUUUUUUUCAUCUGACCUUGCCUGGAUAUGGACUGCAUGUCAUGUGAUUGACUCAGGAGCACUCUAUUUCCCACAGACUCUGCCUGAACAUGCAAUGGACUUCCAGGUUCUGGGUGACGGUGUAAAGUUCAACCAAGGAUCACUCUGUUUAGCUGUGCUAGAGGCUUAUAAUCCCAGUGGGUCAAAAUGUUUAGUUGAAGAGGUUACAGGCUUUUCUGAGGGACUAUUUAAACUCCAUCUGUCAAACCACUUGCAUAGAAGAAAU